AUGUCACCAAACCAAUACUUGGGGGGUGAUUUUUUGAGUCAUUUUGACUUGCUAGUCGACCUCAAACGCAAAUGCUUACGCGACGGCAUUACAGGUUUGACAUCAUCUGGUUAUUUCCACGUAACAACAUCAUUGGACAAAAUCAAGGCUGUGGAUGGUGAUUCCGUUUAUAUGAAAUUGUUACGUGAGUUCGCCGAUAUCACACGACCUCAUCUGUCCGACAAUAAGAAAAGGAAACAUUCAACGGUGCACUACAUUCGGACGACACCUGGUCCACCUGUUUCUAGCAAAGCCCGUCACUCAUCGCCUGACAAAUUAAAAAUUGCUCAAGAGGAGUUCCGUAAAAUAAUUAAGCAAGGCAUUUGUCAGCUAUCGCAGAGUGCUUGGUCUUCGCCAUUACACAUGGUCCAGGAAAAGCACGGUGGAUGGAGACCAUGUGGCGAUUAUCGCCCAUUAAACGACCGUGCUCUUAUCGAUAAAUAUGCGCUUCGAUAUAUGGAUGAUUUUGCCAAGUAUUUACAUGGGAAACAUGUCUUCUUUGUUGUCGAUUUUACCAAAGCUUUCCUCUAA